AUGCAUACCUUGUUAACCUUUUCUAUAGCCUUAUUUCUGACAGGACUUGUCAGGGCUGAUGAUGACACCAGUCCUCUCACAUUUCCUGUGAAGCCUCCUCCUGAGGGACCCUAUGUCGCCCCCCUCGAACCAAAAUACAAUUAUGCAGAAGUAAUGCACAAAAGCUAUCUAUUCUACCACGCACAAAAAUCUGGUAAUCUUCCGUAUCAACGCAUGGCCUGGCGUGGUGAUUCAUGCAAGGUCUGUGUGGGCGACUAUGGUGAAGAUCUUUCGCAUGGCUGGUACGAAGCCGCCAAUACCAUGAAGUGGGGUCUUCCGUUCGGUUGGACAGUAACUCAGCUGGCCUUUAACAUCAUGAUGUUUGAAGACUCGAUGAACUCCAUAGACGAGUUGGCAGAAGGUCUUGAAUUAUUGAAAUGGGGUGCAGAUUAUCUUGUAAAUGCUCAUCACAACGAUACCCAUAUUGUCGGCCAACUGGGCACAUCAGCCCUUGGCCCCAUCUCCAAGCAAAUCGAGUUGGAUGUCGACUUCAACUAUUGGGGACCGCCCGAAGAAUACGAGCAGUGGGUUCCCACAGGUCUUCCUCACAAGGCAUAUUAUAUCACACCCGAUAAUCCAUCUUCUGAAAUUGCUGGCGAAUAUAGUGCUGCCUUAGCAGCUAUAUCCAUUCCCUGGCGUAAACAUAAUGCAACCUUUGCAGACGAGCUUGUAGAUCGGGCCAAGCGAAUGUACAAUUUCGCAACCGAAAAUCCCGGAAGUUACGUAUCAUCGCGUCAGAAUGCCUAUCAAUGGGCCGCGUUUUGGUAUCCCUCGACUCGCUUCGAAGACGAAUUGGCCUGGAGUGCGGCCUGGAUCUAUGCGGCCACAAAGGAGCCCGAGUGGCUCGAGCGCGCAAAAAAGUGGUACAAUGCAUCGUCAGAUUCAUGGCAAGAAUACUCUUGGGACGAAAAGGGCGGUGCUUUACAUACUCUCUUGUAUGCUGUCACAAAAGAAGACAUAUUUUACAAAAACGCAAUGGAUUAUUUCAAUCAGUUCCUCCCUAGUCCUAAACAGAUCGUCAAGUUUACACCGCGCGGUUUGGCUUAUAUCGAACACUGGGGAUCGGUUGGAUAUUCAGGAAAUGUGGCCUUUUUAAUGAUGGCCUUUGCAAAAUCUAUUGGUUAUGAUAAACCAGAAUCAGAAGCCCUGACAACAUUUUCCAUCCAGCAGAUCAAUUAUGCUCUUGGUGAUUAUGGCUACAGUUGGGUGGUUGGCUUUGGCGACAACUAUCCAAGCAAACCUUAUCACAAAUCAUCUUACAACUCGUACAUUGACUAUCCAAUGCGGGGUCAGUUUCAAGACAAGGUCGAAGAAGACUUUUCAGAGAGCAAGACAGGCCAGCGAUUUAUUCUUUAUGGGGCUGUCGAAGGCGGUCCUAAUGUGGAUGACAGCUGGCACGACGAUCGGACAAACUAUGAGUACUCGGAAGUCACCCAGGAUUACAAUGCAGCCUGGACAGGCGCCAUCGCUGGUUUGAUUGAUUACUAUGGAGCCGACAAGUUCGAGCCUUAUACUGAUUGUGAUCUUGAUCUGGGAUGGUCUCAUCCAAAUGCUUCCGAUCCCCCUGCAUGGCCAGAUGAUGAUUGUUACCACACCUGUAAUACGGGAUGCCCACGCGGAGAGAUGAAAUCUUCGUACUCGUGGCGCUUAUUGAUGGAACCAGAAACAAUCAAAGGCAAUAUGGACACACUUUAUCCCGGUGAAGGCGAUGUUCGUGCCGCGACUUUUGAAGGAAGCAAGGUCGAUGACCAUCCAACUCACAUGGCUAAUGCUCCUCCUGAUGUCAAUCGGCCAGGUAAUAGCAGUCGAGGAAAACAUGGAAUAAAUACCCAAAGCUCAGUAGCCUCGACCUCGUUUGUUCGAAACAUGUCUAUCGCAAGUGCUGGCUUGCUUGCCUUGACCACCGCCUUUUUGUUCUUUUAA